AUGGCAAGUCAAGAGCAUGAAUCAAAACAGCUUGAACCCAUGUCUGAAAAGUAUGGCUUUUGGGAGAUGCGGCUUUCUAUAUCAUUUUGCAUAUUCAGAGGCAAAGCUGGGACAAUGACCAUGUGUAAAAGUCCCUGGGCCAGAGAAACUGGGAGGAGUGUUUGCAUCCAGAUCAUGGGCGGCAUGGGCUUCAUGAAGGAGCCUGGGGGAGAGUGCGUUCUCCGAGACCUUCGCAUUUUCCGGAUCUUUGAGGGGACCGAUGACAUUCUCCAGCUGUUUGUGGCUCUUCAGGGCUGUAUGGAUAAAGGCAAGGAAAUUUCUAGAAUUGGCAAUGCUCUAAAGAAUCCCUUUGGUAAAGCCAGCAUCCUGCUAGGAGAGGCAGGCAAACAGCUGAGGAGGCGGGCAGGGCUGGGCAGUGGCCUGAGUCUCAGUGCUGUCAUCCCCCCGGAGCUGAAUCGGAGCGGAGAGCUGACAGUGGAGGCUCUGGAGCAGCUCGCCGCUGUGGUGGAGGCCAAGCUAAUAAAACACAAGAAGGGGAUCGUCAAUGAACAGUUCGUGCUGCAGCGCCUGGCAGACAGUGCCACUGACCUCUACGCCAUGGUGGUAGUUCUGUCCAGGGCCUCAAGAUCCCUGAGCGAGGGCCACCCUACAGCCCAGCACGAGAAGAUGCUGUGUGACAGCUGGUGUAUCGAGGCGGCAGCCCGGGUGCGGGAGAACAUGGCCACUCUGCAGUCUGACCCACAGCAACAGGAGCUGUUCCGUAACUUCAAGAGCAUCUCCAAGGCCUUGGUGGAACGAGGUGGCAUGGUCACCAGCAACCCCCUGGGCUUCUGACCGCUCCCCACCGCCAGGGCCUGGCCUGGCACGUGCCUUCUUGAGCCCAGCGCCCCCCACAGGCCCUGAUUCUUC